GUAAAACAGGUGUAAACAUUACAAAAGUAAUAUUGCUUUUGGGAAGAUGAAACCCCCCUAUUAAUGUGAAAGUUGAAUCGUCCCUGAAAGUUUGGCGAAUCACCAAAAUUCAUUUUCUCUGCCGAAGUUUAUUGCCGCUUCUCCAAUUUGGGACAUAAUUUGAAGAACAAAAAUAUAUAUAUAUAAACAUAACAAAGCAAUAACAACCCAUCUUCCUUUGUCCAUAUUCUUUUAAUACUAAUCUCGCUGCGAUUGUCGACGCAGCCCCAGUGGCCUAAUGGAUAAGGCACUGGCCUCCUAAGCCAGGGAUUGUGGGUUCGAGUCCCAUCUGGGGUGGUUGUAUAUUUUUUCCCCCCCGCUAACCAGACUUUUUGGAUGUGACAAGCAUCAAAAACCAACAUAAACGGAUGCAGUUUUUCGGACUGGAAGCAGAGACAGCUCUGUGAUUUAACAGCUUAUAUGGACUUUCAAAGAGUGAGUAUCUGUAUACUGCUGUGCACACUGACUGCAUCGCUGCAACCCAUGGAUCUACCAAGGAAAAAGUGCUCUAAGCCUCAAUCCCACCAGCUCCGAGAGGCCACCGUGCGUUGGGAUGCUGCCCACAAAAGUGUAAUCCUAACGGAGGGAGUGAUGGAGACAGAGGGGGGGGCCUACGGCUACUUCAACGACACCCUGCUGCUCUCUGGAUGGGGUGUGCUGGAGAUCAGGGCAGGCUAUGGAGCGGGUCCGCUGGAUGAUGAGACCACCUUCUUCCUGGCUGGAUACCUGGAGGGCUACCUCACCGCUGGACAGAUGAUCAGUCAUUACGCCAACAUGUACCCUCAGCUGAUAAAAGAUGAACGAGUUUUAAUCCCCCUGAAAACAUUUUUGAGCAAACAGGAUGAUUGGGCCAGAGAGCAGGUCAAACUGAGGAGAAACAGCGACCCCUUGUGGAGACACUUGGGACUGAUCUUGGCCCAGCUGGAUGGGCUCCACGCUGGAGCCGCACAGUGGGCCAAAAGCAAACACAGAGAGCCUCUGUCACCGUUUGCGGUCCAGUUCCUGAAUGGUAUCGGCGACCUCUUGGACCUCGUCCCAGCCCUGACGCCCCGUUUCAAUGCCUCAGUGGCGGCUGGAGCCUUUAGGAUGCCAGGAAUGGGCCACUGCACCGCUCUCAUAAAGGUGCUGCCGGGCUUUGAGAACCUGCUGUUGGGUCACUCCAGCUGGUACACGUACGCCGCCACCAUGCGGAUCUACAAACACUGGGACUUCCGGGUGUCCGACCCAAACGCCGCCACAGGAAAGAUGUCCUUCAGCAGCUACCCGGGCUUCCUGAUGUCCCUGGAUGACUUCUACCUGCUGGGAAGCGGCCUGCUUAUGACCCAGACCUCCAUCGGCGUCUUCAACGCCUCCCUGUUCUCCGGGCUCAAUCCUCACAGCCUGCUGGCCUGGCAGAGAGUCCGCCUGGCCAACAGUUUGGCGAAGGGCGGAGAGGAGUGGGCCGAGGUUUUCUCCAAACACAACUCAGGUACAUAUAACAGCCAGUACAUGGUGGUGGACUUGAGCAAAGUUUCUCUGCGUCGCAGCAUCAGGAAUGGCGCCCUGACCGUGGUGGAGCAGAUCCCAGGAAGGGUGGUGUAUUCAGACCAGACCCGAACUCUGCGCAGAGGUUACUGGCCCUCCUACAACAUACCGUUCAACGCUGAGAUCUACAACCUCAGCGGUUACGGCGUGAUGUGGGACAGAUACGGAGACGAUUUCUCAUACGAUCUUUGUCCCCGAGCUAAAAUCCUCCGCAGAGACCAGGCCAAAGUGUCCGACCUUAACUCCCUGAAAUACAUGAUGAGAUACAACAACUAUAAGAGAGAUCCUUACUCCAAGGGCCAUCCGUGCAAAACCAUCUGCUGCAGAAAUGACCUGAGACCAAGGAGGUCACGACCGGGAGGCUGCUAUGACACAAAGGUGACGGACUACCAGAUGGCUCUCCAACUGGCUGCUGAGGCUAUAAACGGCCCCACCACGCAGGGCGGGCUGCGUCCGUUCGCAUGGCGGUCCUUCAACCUCACCGCUCACCAGGGUCUCCCGCACACGUACAAUUUUUCCUUUGUCGCCAUGAGGCCCACACUGAUCCAACCCUGAGAACGUAAACACGGCAUACAUGAAGGCGGAGGGUAUUCUAAGAAAAGGAUUCAAAGCAGUUUCACUGCAUUUGUAAAAGAGAAAAUGUAAUUACUCCUGAUGUAAGGCAGAAAGUUGUUUUAUCUUUAGUUUUGUUAUGACUUGGCUAUUUUAGGCUACUCCUCUGUUUGAAACUCUACUUCCUGAAUUGGACAAAUUAUCCAAAACUUUCCAGUUUUGACUGAUGAUUUCAGGGAAACGCUGAUCAUUUGUUUCCUCUAUGCAACAUUUACUCAGGAUUGCAGAUGUGGCGUUACAAACAAUUUCACAUUUAUUUAAAACAUAUUUGAUGUAUACUCCUAGUCUGUCUUUAAACAAACUAGAAAAUUAA